GUAAGAAUGCGCAAUGAAACAUUAUUGACAACAAAAAUGCCGUCUGAAAGCCCGGUGGUUGCUGCUCAAACUGAGAAACCACAGCAUUAUUUGUAUUUGAAGGAAUUUCGAACACAGCAAUGUCCUCUUUUUCUGCAACACAAAUGCACUCAACACCGACCCUUUACCUGUUUCCACUGGCAUUUUCUUAAUCAACGAAGACGAAGACCUGUUAGAAAACGCGAUGGAACGUUCAAUUACAGUCCUGAUGUCUACUGUACAAAAUAUGACGAGACAAAUGGAGCCUGUCCAGAUGGUGAUGAGUGCCCUUAUUUACACAGAACUGCAGGAGAUACAGAAAGACGUUAUCAUCUUCGGUAUUACAAGACUGGUACAUGUGUUUAUGAGACAGAUAGCAAAGGAAAUUGUGUGAAGAAUGGCCCCCAUUGUGCCUUUGCACAUGGUGCCCAUGAUUUGAGGCCACCCAUUUAUGAUGUACGCGAAUUACAAGCCAUUGAUACCAUAAAUAUUAGUUGUGAUAAGAGUUCUAAUGCUAGUUCUAUAUCAGGAACACCAAGUAGUUUAGAAAAGGAUAAAAUUUUAGCUGAAGAUCCUAGAUGGAAUGAUACCAACUAUGUACUUGAGAAUUACAAAACAGAGCAAUGCAAAAGACCACCGAGAUUAUGUAGACAAGGUUAUGCCUGUCCUUCUUAUCAUAAUACAAGAGAUAGGAGAAGAAGUCCGAAAAAAUUUAAAUACAGGUCUACACCUUGCCCUAAUGUUAAACAUGGAGAUGAUUGGAGUGAUCCAACACAAUGUGAAAAUGGAGAUAACUGUGCAUAUUGUCAUACACGUACAGAACAACAGUUUCACCCAGAGAUUUAUAAAUCAACAAAAUGUAAUGAUAUGGUACAAACCAGCCACUGUCCUAGAGGACCUUUCUGUGCCUUUGCCCAUGUAGAAAAUGAAAUUACAACUGCUAGAGAUGUAGGUUCAAGUAAUGAGAAUUCGUUAGCUGAAUUUGUCUCGACAGUGUUACCUCCCCCUACCAUUAGUAAUAUUAACCCAAUUACCAUAGUAACUACAAGUAGUAAUGGUGUUAUCUCAGAGGGAAAUCAAAUAAAUCAAAAAGUGGAUCUCAAUGGUUCAAGCCAGUGGAAAUUUCCAGAUCCUAUUGGAAAGGAAAGAGCGAACAGUGUUCCAUAUAAUUGUAAUAACAGUAGUAUAUCUAGCAGUAUACCUAGCCAUACAAGUAGUCCAUUACCUGAACCUAUAGGUAAAGGUAGAUCUAGUAGUACAUCUAGCAGCAUAACAUCGGAUUCUGGACUAGGACUAGGGUUUUAUCCAAGAGCACCUGGUUCAGAAAGAGAAGAUUCACAGUUUAAACUGAAACAACAAUUAGCAUCUAUAGAUAGUGAUCAUACAAUAGACACUGUAGAAAAGGCGAAACGUAAACAGAAUUUAAUAUUAGUCAAUGCAGUCAAUUGUGCAGUUAAUACAUCUUCAUAUGCAAGUGUUACAGGAAUGUCCUCUUCAAAUAUGUCUCCACUAGCACCAGCCUUUUACCCACCAGGGGAUACAGUAGGAUCAGUUAUAGGCCAUGCAUUAGAAGAUCUAUGUUUAGAUGAUAUUGAUUUAAACAGUUUAGACAAAGAAUUAGAUCGUGAUGAUACAAAUUCAUUAAGCAGUUCCAUUAGUGCUGGUAUCUCCUCAGGUUAUGGUUGUGGAAACUCCUCUUUACCUAUAGGUAUACCAGGAGGUCUACCACGAGGUAGUGUAGGAAGUCUUUCACAGUCUCCACCCUCUCCCUUUGGCAGCUUUUCUCAUCAGCUGUUGACAAAUCAACAAAAGAAUGAUGAUCAUAUAUCAUCUUUAUUAAAUUAUAACAACAGUAAAUAUUCUACAAUACAUUCAGAUGUGAAUUCAAUGUCUCCACGGAGCGGACCUCUAGGACCUCACUCACCACUUUAUUCUUCUAGUUUAUCAAAUAGUACCCCUGCUGCUGAAUUACACAAGCUAAGAGAAGAGUCUGCAACCCACAAAGCUAAAAUUGAUCACUGGGAGCAUGCUUAUUUACAAGCAAAAUGUGCAUGUGAAGCUUGGAAGAAAGAAGCAGAAGAAUCAAUGAGAAAGACGAGGAAUGCUGAUGAUGAAAAAAAUCAUGCUGUAAAACAGAGAGAUGAGGCAAUACAAAGAAGUAAACUUAUUCAACAACAACUAGAGAUAGUGAGCAGUAACAGUAUUAGGUGUUUAACACGAAUAAACGAGCUGGAUUCUUUAUCAUUGACACAGAUGAGACAAGUUCAACAACAACUUAAAAUGGAUUUGGAAAGAAUGGAAAAGAUGAUCCUAUAUCAGCAGAGUGUUCGUUGUGCUUUAUGUCAGGACAAGAUGAAAAGUAGUUCACCUCUACCGUGUAGUCAUAGAGUGUUAUGUGAUACAUGUUCGUCCAAAGCAAUGAACUGUCCUAUAUGUCAUACACAGAUUUCACGAUCUUUAAGUGUUGGUGGAUACCGGUUGUAAUAUAGGUGUGUCUAGGAUCUUCAAAUUCAUGUUAGAUAUUUAAAAACUUUAUAUUUUGCAAUUUCAGCCAAUUGUGAUUAAUACAAGAUAAUGUGAAAGUAGUAUUUUGUAUAGAAAUGGCAAAAUUGCAUUCAUUUAUUAUUGAUUACACAGUGUUAAAGGUUGUUAAAGAGUCUUAUCUAGUUAACUGUGACCAUUAUUUAUUAGUAGAAUUACCUUUUUCAGAAAAUGAGGGGGACAGAAUGCCCAAGCUACCUGUGUAUUUCUCUCAAGUUGAUAAAGUUUGUAAGAAUUGAUCUUUAACAAGGUAUACAAAUUUUAAUAAAAAAACUUAUUUUGAGAAAUAUCAAUUCAACUGUUACUCCUUGUUUUAUGUUCUAAAGAAAGUAAUAUUGAAAAAAAUAACUGCUUUAAUUAUUAAAAAAAAUAAAUUAUUAUUAAAAAGCAGAAAUUAUACAAUAGAAUAACUACAUAGCCUUUGAUGUAUGUAGUUUAUGAUCUAUUGUGGAUGUAUACAGGGACGUAUAAUUGAUUCAUUUGAUAUAUUUGUACAGUUAAUUAAAGUAAGAACUCUUGCAACCUUUUUGUAGUUAUCACAGUGUGUGCCAUUUUCUUUUCUUGACAAAUUUAAUCAAAUGAAAACUAUUUAGUGCUAAAUAUUGAAAAUUUAUUGUUUUAUGAUUUAAAUGAAAUAUAUUUUUUUGUUAAGUUUCAAAGUUUGUAUUCAAGUUAGUUCAGUUAGGAACUGUUUAGUUAUUUUUUAACAUAGUUACAUUUAAUACUUUAGUUUAUAUCACCUUUGAAAGCAUUUAGGAGCGUGCAUUGUAUAUUAUAGUAAACUAGUUUUUGUCUUCUCACAAUUUUCGAUAAAGUACUUGCAUUCCAUACCAAUUCUUCUUUAAUGUACAUUUCAUUUUCUGUAAAUUGAUUAACAUGAUUCAUUCUGAUGUUUUAUGUAAUUAUGAUUUAUAAAAUUAUCACAGAUGCAAAUCACAUUUUCCUCAUUUGUAUUUUACAGUAUAUUUCAGAUUAACACUUUUGUAACUUCAACUUUGUUAGCUUUAAUGUUGAAAUAUAGGAACUAUGUUGAGGAACAGCUUUCUCUUAAGUCGCAUGGUUUAAAAUUUGGUAUUCAGUGACUGAGAAACAUAUUAAUUUAUUACCACAAGAGUGCCUUCUUGAAAAUCAAAUUGUAAAAUUCAGGGAAUUGAUAAUUAUGUAAAAGGCACAUGUUAUAUAUUUUGUUAAGCAGUUGGGUAAUUUGCAGCAUCAGAAUCUAAAUAAUUCAUGGUAGUAUUUCCAAAACAUUCUGAUUGGUUUAUGUUGUCUUCAACAAUAAAAAUGUGGCCAAUGGUCUAACAUUAUUUUGAUUUGGUUGUAUGGACAAUAAAAUGAUCAAUAGUUCUUUAGAUUCUAUGAAGGCAAAUAAAGUGAUAUGAGUUUUAUUUUGACUUAAAUUACAAUACUAUGAAUACCUUUAAUAAUUAUAAUGAAGAUUUUUAUGAUACUAUGAGGGGUUUUUUUCUAUGUAAAAUAGUUUCAGGAUAAAAGGUCAGAAUUGCAUUAUUGUGAAAAUAGAAAAUAUCAGUAUUGCCCAUGAAAAAUCUGUUGAGAUAUAUCCGCUAGAAUUUCUAAUAUAAGAAUAAGAAGAUGUGGUAUGAUUGCCAAUGAGACAACUCUCCACCAGUGACUAAAUGACAUAGAAGCUAACAACUAUAGGUCACCGUACUGCAUUCAACAAUAAGCAAAACCCAUAUUGCACAGUCAGCUAUAAAACGCUGCAAAAAGAUUGUAUUGUAUUGUUUCAUUGUACGGAAUUAAGUAAAUAUUUUAAGAUAGGAAUUUCAGUUUGAAAUAUUGUAAUAAUGCUAGAAAAACAUCAUGUUAUAUUUUUAAGAGUAUGUUUUUUAUCUAACACUUGCAACUUGCCACUAAUUUCAAACAUAACUACUGUUGUCAAAUUUAGCUUCAAUAAAUAAUUUUGUGAUGAUUUUUCGAGUUGCAAAGUCUGUAUCAUUUUUUAAAAACUCCAUAGUACAACUGCUAUUGGUGCAUUUUAUGUAUAUUCUAGACCUUUUUCAAGUUGUUUUUAGAAGUGCAAUUCCCUUAUAUUGUAAAUUUUUCAUAUCAUGUACACAUGUAAAAAUUCAGGCUAUCUAUAUAUGGACUUUCUUAUACUAGUUUCAGGGGCUUAGUUCAAUUGAUUGUCUCUUUCAACAUAUAUUAUCAAAUGCUUUGUUCAAUAUCAUUUCCAUGCAGUUAGGAUUAAUUUAAAUCGGAUUCCUUUAAAUUUGUUCAUUCAAUGUUUUUCUAUGUUUGAACUGACAGAAAAUAAUAUCAUCGGUUUUACUAAUUUACAUUUAUAGUUGAUAUUUAUAACUGAUCUAAGUGAAGAAUUGUUACAAACAGAGUUAUCACCAUGGUGAUUUUGGAGUAAUCGUCGUGUAAUAAAGAUGACAAUAACGGGGGAAAGAUUUUGGAGGUGUGGCAAAGACUCACAUGUUUUACAUACAAAACUAUACACAAUAUCCUGUACUUUGUUAUAAUUAGAGAUUUUUUAGGAGCAUGUUCUCAUUCUUUGUAUAGAGAAUUAUACUUCACCUUUUUUAGUGUUGUGAAUAUUUAUGAUUUUGUUGGUUUAUUUUGUGAUUUUAGUAAGAAAGAAAAUUGCAUUUGAAUAUAUGAUGAUUCUCACCAUCUUUUUUGUCGUCUGCAGCAUGUAAUUUAGACAAUCAAAUAUGAAGCAUUAUCAAAGAUUUGAAUUCCUAAAUAAACUCUCAGAAAAAUUGUAAAAAGACAAACUGUUUUAACUUAAGAUUGUAAUUUUGAACACAAAAGGAGAAACUGAAACUAUUUCUUUUCUAAACUAUUUAUUCAAUUAUAACAUUUUGUUACCAUAGAUUUGUUGGUGUCCAAGCGAUCAUGCUUAGGCUGUAGUCUUGGGUUGUUACACUUGAUUUAUUCAACCACAGUGUAAAAAUUAUAUAAGUUGUAAUGAUAUAACGUACCAUAGAAAGUGGCCUUCACAAAAUGUAUUGGCACGUCAUUGAUUGACCUUGAACAUUGUGUUUUACUGUUUACUUCUGUCAUCGGUCAAGCAAGACAUUGGGUGAUUAAUAUUUUUAAAAUGACAGACUGCAAUCAUUCAAAACCAGUUAAGAGCUUAGUACUAUUAACAAAAAAUUCUUCCAGAUAAACAACUAAUGUAAUUGAAAAUGCUACAAAGAUAAACAAAUGAUUUACAUGUUAAUUGAAACUGGUGUUCAACUUUUUUGGAGUGAUGUUGUUUAUAUAUAUAAAGUUAAGAUAUGGUGAAAUCCUUACUGCAGUCUUAUAACAGAUAAAAUCCUUAGUAUGUGGUCUUACAGUCGAAAUACAACUCUUGAGGUUGUGCUUAUUGAGUCAAAAAUAUACAGCUUCAUAUAAACUAUAUUUGGUUCAAUACUAUAAAAAAAACUUAAUUAAAAAGUGCUGGAUUGAUCAUCACAAACUUAUAGAUUUGUAUGACAAGAUUUCAAUUUAAAUGAUAUUUUCUAACAUUCAUUGUUUAUUAUCAUAUUAGUGUAUGCAACUGAGUUAAUAUAAUCUUUGUGUAUAAUCAUCUGAUACGAUAACAUUCAUCCUCACUUUCAUUUUAUUGGCUUUUGGUUUUAGCACCAAAAAGGGAAUUUUUUUUAUUUGCAUUAAGGGAAAAAAAAAAAAAAAUUACGUUGUCAUUUUAUACACUCCUCUACCAGAUGAUUAUUUAUUUAUGAUCAAUGUGUAGUUCACUUGAACCCUUUCUUAUUGAUCAAAGUGAAAUUAAGACAUCAAAUUUUCUUGCCUACCUUUACCUUUGACUAAGCUAUUGUAACGUAACGAAAAAGUUAACCAUAUCUGAUGAUGUCACAGAGAAAAGACGCAAUCUUUUUUUGCAGUUCAUUAAAAAGAAAGAUAAAGUUUACCUAUAUAUAUUAUCUUAUAUCAUUAGAGAAAUAGAUUCCACCAAUGAAUUGUAAGCAAUACAAUAUUUUAUACUGUCAUCAGUUAAAUUUUAAACAUUUACAUUGUAAUAUUUAACUGUCUAGAGGGAAAAUAUUGUAUCACACUCAAUUGACAAGUGGUAGAAUUUAUACAACUGUAUGAAUUAGGAAGUCACAUUAUGGUUCUGGUCUAUUUAUUCUCAGAUAUAUUUAUUUCUUUGUCAUAACAAUCUAAUUUUAACUAUGUUCCCCGUUACAACUUGGAUUAUUUUGGGGAUUUAUGUCAUAUUUUACCUGCUAAUUUCUCCUCAUCUUCUUUUAUUUCAAGUUUGAAAAACCAUUCUAGUAAGUUGAUUGGAGAGAAAGAAUUGAAAUUUUGAAGUCAAUUAUUAAAUAAUUUGAAUUAAAAUUAUCAAUCAAAUGUUGCAAAUGUCUCUAAUAUAGGAAUUUAAGAACCCUUGAAUCUUGUGUCAUAGUUGGUAAUAAGAAUUCCAUGUUCAUUUUUGUUAUCAUUACUUUCACUAUAACUGAUUGUCUGGCUUGUAGUAUUUUGUUUGUUUUUUUCCGGUUAUUCGAAAUGCCAAGUUUAGAUCUCGAAGCAAUAUAGUACUUGGGAUUUUUUUGUGAAAUAUAUUUGAUGAUGAUGAUUUUACUAAGGGUGAGUGAGAGGGAGUGCUCUAAUUGGGUUGAUGUAAAAGAAUUGCUGGCAAUUCUUGGUAACUAAUCCAUAUGUCUGAGAGAGGGGAAUGUACAGAAUUUUAUAGGAUUAACUAAAGGCUAUAUUUAAUCCAUUCUAAGUGCUAUAUUUUUUAUGUUGCAAGUCAUAAGUGCUGAAUAGACCAAUUAAACUGGACAUGAAAUGUAUUACCUUUAUUGAUAUACCAGUAUGGAUGUGAAGGACUCAGGGAACUGGGUUUUUCAUCAAUAUUUAUGAAACAUAUUUUUGUAUCCAUUAUUUUAAAAGCAUUCAAGUUUCCCUGACUUCUUUAAAAGUGUAGUAACUAAAUGCAGCAAACCAUCUAUAGACAAUAAUGACAUAAGUUUAUAGCAGUUUUGAUAUAAAUUAUAAAUGUAAGAAAAAAACCUGCUUUUGUUAUAUAUAACAACUGCAAUGAUUUCUUAAAGUUGCAACAUUUUAUUUAAAGGUGUUGAAAAUGCAGAAAGCGAUAUUUUAGGUCAUUAAAAAUAAACCUUGUAACUGGGUUGACCUCUUAAAAGAUUAUGUACUUUUCAUUUCCAAAUCAGGAUGUGCUUUAAAGACAUGUGAAUCAAGAUGUUUUAAGUAUAAUACUAGUUUUCAGUAGAUGUAAAACUUUUCAUGUCCAAAUCCUGACCUAAUCACCUCAAGGUCAUCAUACUGAGAAAGACAGUAGGCAGGCAUGAAGUGUUAUAGAUGAUCCAGAACUUAUGUAUGGUUUAUUAUAUUUAGAUGUUUGGUGAAAAGAUUUCACUGUAGAUUUUGAAAAAAUACACUGUUUUAUAAACAAAUCUACAUUAUUUUAAUUGUAGAUCAAACUAAAUUUUUGAAGUGAUGUACAUUAUCUUAAAUUAAAAAUUAUAUACUCACUUGCGAGUAUCAUUUUG